AGCCAGGAGGAGAAGAAAGUGUUUUGUUAGGGUUUUUGAAACUCUCAAAUUUAGUACAAACAUCAUCUUCUUUUUAUAGAAUGGCUGCAAACAACUUGUAUGGGAAAAGUGAUAAUUUAAGAAUAAUAUGGGAGAAAGACUUGGAUGUGGAAUUUGAAGAGGGUAUGUGGGAGGCCAUAUUUUCUCGUGUAGGGGGGCCGAUGAGGGAUAUUAGAAGCAAAGUCAUACACUACCAAAUAAUUAAUCGAUACUAUUUAACACCAGAGUUAUUCACACCAUUGAAGAGUGGAUGGAGCAGCCUCUACCUUGUUCUUCAAGAUUUCGUCUUCUCGGAGAUAUAACUGUUCUACGGAAGUAGAUAUCUAAAGCGCAGGCUGGGUUGGCUGUUGCUGGAUGCAUUAUGGUUGCGAGAUUGGUGCUGCUUUAAAUAUCUUUAAAUAUUCAUUUUUUGUAGUUGUUAUGUAUUCUAUGUUUUGUGGGUAACACAAGCUUAAAAUAAAAAAGUUGAAUGACAAAAAAAAAAAGAAAAAAAAAAGAAUGGAGGCCCUUACAGCAGCAAAGAUGGGACCAACUCUAUGUUAAUACCCAUGUUUUUGGAAUGGGCACAUACGGGUAUGAUGGUCAGAUGUCCACAUACUUUUGGCCAUAUAACGUAUAUGCAUAAUCUCAAGGGUUUGGUGCAAUGACCCCACUUCCUUGUUUGUUUCCUUUUGGUAGCAUGAAUCUCACCCAUUUUCCAGCCACUAUAAUUAACAUUUAGUAGUAGCCACAUUUUUAAAUGUUUCACUUAUUAAUUUUCCCAAAAUUCCAGGCAGACAUUAAAUUGACUACAUGAAAAAUAUAAAACAAAGUGAUAUUAUUCCACAGAGGCAUUUUAAGGUAUUCAACAGAGUAAGACCCAGCCAACCCCCUUAAGAUGAUAAUUUUUCCAAAUGCUGAUAUUAGUUCUCUUGGAUUUAACAGUGAAUGUAGUUAAUAUAAGAGACGCAAUGUCAUUUUUUCAAUAGUCAAAAAGCUAAACAAUUUUUUGGACAUUCCUUUACCAGUUACUCAGAUGUCAAAUUUCUAGCUAGCUGUGGAAGUCCAUAAGCACUGACCUGAUUGGGAUUUCUGCAGAGUAUUGGGACAACUUUUGUAGUCCUACUGUCUAAACUACUGUCUAAAAGGGGUAAAGGGUCUGAGCUAGUGAACAGGUUUUUAUGGUGUUCCAAUCCCAUGACCACCAGCUGAUCCUUUGGAGAAAAAAAAUUAUUAACCCUCAAAUGAUUACUUUUUUGUUGGAUAAAAGCAUAUGCCAAAUUUGAGUUGCCCAAAAAAAAAAAAAAAAAAAAAAAAAAAAAGAUAUCAAUUUGGUAUCAACAUUUUGUUAUAAGUUUGGCACAUCUUCAUGGUAGGGUGAACCUCAUGGCUUCCUUUUUAUUACAUAUGCUCAUUACAUGGGGUACAGCAUAAUGGUGUUGUAGAAUGCACAUGGUGUAUUACGUGUCCAGUAGAAUGUUAUUUGAGAUUCAGUCACAGAAAAGGUGUUAAUGGAAUUUUGUUGUAUAUUAACAUCUACAAAAUGUGGCACUCAACAUUCUUGGCCUCCUUCAAAUUGCAGAUUUUGACUAACAUUUUACUAUCGAUUAGAUGGUUACAUAACUAUUUCCAUCACUAGUCACCACUCCACAACCCCUUUUUUAACAGGUUAUGAGAAACAGACACAGGUACUCAGAUAAUUCUCUAAUCUAACUCGACAUUAAAUAUAGAAAGAGAUUAAAAGGGUAAAGUACUGAAUACUGUACUAUCAUCGAAAUCUAACUGUGUCCCCAACCUUACUAAAUAGCACUUGCUUUGUUUAGGCUAGAAACUUUGGCCUCACCUCAACUCAAGAAAUGAUAAAAAAGCAGAUAAGACUUGACUGAGGUCACUGAGCAGAUGGAACCCAAAGCUUCCAGAAUAAUUUCCACAGCAAAGAGGCAGAGCUUAAUAUUUUCAUACAGAAUACAGGACUGCUGGGCAGUGAAAAAGUGAGGCCUGCUUUCAAGCCAAAUCUCAGAUGAAAUUUCCCAUUUCCCUUAAGUAACAUACUUCAUGCUGAGCGGAUUCUUUACUUCAUCUCUGUCAAGCUUUCAUCUUCAGCACGAUACCUCUCAGGAACAACACAGAUAAAGAAAAACAAAUCCAAUAAUGGGUAUUCCCAGUACAUGGUCAAUAUUUUCAUUGAUUUUGCUCAAAGCAUUGUGUCAAGAUUAUGAAACCAGUUAUGCAGACUAUGAGACAGAAGAUGAAACAUUGCCAGAGAUUCCUUCAUUUGUUGUGCCUCAAGAAACAGAUUCUUACUUAUUUCGCUCAAAUGAAUGUGCCAAGGAAUGUUACUGUCCCUCCUCUUAUCCCUUUGCGAUGUACUGUGACCAUCGUGAACUUAAAGUAAUCCCUGAUGUCCCAAGCAACAUCCGCCACUUAUACAUUCAGUUCAACAACAUCGAAGCCAUUACGGCCAAACCUUUCACCAAUGCUACAUCUUUGAGAGAAAUCAACCUCAGCCACAAUAACCUGAGAAAAGUAGGGAAGGAGGCCUUCAGUAAACUUCAACACCUCACACAGCUUCACCUUGAGUACAACAGACUAGAGGAAUUUCCACCCUCUUUGCCCAAAACUCUUGAGAUACUCCACCUGGGAUUCAACAAAAUCUCAAAGAUACCAUCCAACACUAUACAAGGCCUAAUAAAUAUUACAGUGCUUGACCUGUGUAGCAACCGACUUACAGAUGAUGGUAUUAAAGGAAAGGUCCUGUCUGGCUUUAAAAGCCUCAUGCAAGUCAACAUGUGCAACAACAAACUCAAGACUAUGCCCCUUAAUCUCCCAGCAUCGCUGCUGCAGCUAUCACUGGAGAACAACUCCAUCACAUCUAUACCUGAGGGAUACUUUAGGAAGACCCCAAAUAUCAUGUCUCUUCGGGUGUCCCAUAACAAAAUUAAAACAAUUCCUUACAAAGCCUUUAACCUGUCACAACUCAUGGAACUCAACCUGGGAUAUAACCAACUCUCCCAAGCCUUUUUUGUUCCCAAGAACUUGGAGCAUCUGUAUCUCAACCACAAUGACUACACAGAACUUAAUGUCACUCUAAUGUGCCCACUGCUGGAUCACGACAGUCCCAAUAUGCUAACCUACAUUCGCCUUGAUCACAAUAAGCUGAGAGGACCUGUGGACUACUAUGCCUAUACUUGUUUCCCAAGGAUGAAGAUGAUUUAUUAUGGUGAACAACAGACUGCUAGCUAGUAUGAACCACUAAAAAACAUGACACCAUUGACGGGGUGCAAAAUUUCAGCCACCAAAUAAUUUCGCCUAAAAAUAGCCAAGACUCUUUUGGCUUUUGGUUAAAAGAGUAAAAAUGCAAAAGAUGUUUUAGACAUUUGAUGAAACAACCCUAUGAAAAGCAUAAUUAAAUCAUAAAGAAAUGGGGAAACAGACGCUGAUUAACCAGCCAAGAAGAUUCACUCCAGAGCAUUGCUUGCCUGCGUCACUUGCUUGGACACACCUGUUGAUAGGUUUGUACUAUUUUCUACUAUUUUAUAACAACAAUGAAGACAUUAACAGUAUACAAUAACACAUGUAGUGAAUUAUGCAGUGACCAAGCAUAGUGUUUAUCUUCUCAACCAGCUUCAUGAGGUGAUUCACCCAGGAGGCUUUUCUUAAAGUUCUCAAACAGUCCGAGCUCCUCCUGCUUUUCUUAAUUUGUAAAUGAAAACUACUUGCUGGAAUAACUAAAUGUACAUUUUAAUUAAUAAAUGUAUAUACAUGCAUUAACUUCACUGUUGAUAUUUGUCAUAGAAACAUAAGCAUAAACAUAAGCCUUUAUCUAUGUCUUAAGGAUAUUUUUCAUUAUGACACAUGCCAAACAAAAUGGAGGAUACAGUAAAACUGGCCCUGUAUGCAAGCAUGUAGUUCAUGCUACAGAUUUUAAAGGAUUUAAAAGUAAUUGACAAGUGGGUGGGAGGUAUGGGGGCACUCACUAACACUUCAGGACAAAAAUUCUUUCAUUCAUCUUUCUUUCUUCAUUUUUUAUUUGGAGGAUUCUUCAACAAAAGGCUUGAUAAGUUAUAAGCCAAGACUCAAACAUGCAUUAAGUACUAAUGCUAGCUAUCUUUUACAUCCUAGGUGCAUAAAGGUGGUUAACAGUUUGCUGAAUUUAGCAUAAAUAUAUUGUAUCAACAGCUCUUUUAGAUUUUGCAGUUCAUUCAUGUCAGUGAAAAUCUUUGCAUGUAAACAAAGUCAGUGUAUAAUAAUGUAAUUUCUCUAUGCUGGCUGCAUUAUAUUGGUGGAAAAUGUGAAUUAAUAAAUAUGAAUUAUGAAAAUUGCAUAAAAUGUCCCAUGAUUUUUUUGAUGGGGGCAAAAUAUUGUGAGAUAUAAAUUAAAAUCAGCAUUUGUUAAAGCUUUAGAUGACACAUUUUAUAUGCAUUAUGAUGCAUUAUUCCACUCUUUAUCUGUUUGAAGGCUAACCAGCCAUAAAAACACAGUCCCUUCCGAAAGUAUUGGAACGCAGGGCCAAUUCUUUUGUUUUUUCUAUACACUGAAGAUUUUUGGGUUUGAGAUCAAAAGAUGAAUGAGAGAUGAUAGAUCAGAAUUUCAUCUUUACUUUCCUGAUAUUUACAUCCAGAUGUGUUAAACAACUUAGAACAUGGCAUUUUCGGUGGCAGACCACCCAAUUUUUAGGUGAGCAAAAGUAUGGGAACAGAUAGUCUUAAAGUAAAUUAAACACUUAAUAUUUGGUUGCAUAUCCCUUGUAAAUACUUGGUAAAGAGUAUUUAUAAUACAAUAUACUAUGUCACCAAUACAAUACACAAUAUCUACCUUAAAUGUUUACAUACGUCAUUUAUCCUAGUCUCAUCCCUGUAUUAAGACUAUAACAGCUAUGCAUGAAAUGAUACACUAAAGCCACACUCUGAGACAUAUCCCGAUACAGGCUUCACGAGACGAUAUUGACACGAGAUGAUAUUAACACAAAUAAAAUAUUUAAAUUUUAAUACAUUAUUUGUGAGGACAAAAAAAUGGAACCACUGCAAUAUCAAUACAUUGCACUGUAAGAGAAGCAGAUCAGGAUUUAUAGUAUAAGGUGUAAUUGUUAAUGUUAUUUUAAUAAUGUUAUUUGCAUAAAUGUAUUUCAUGGCAAUGUUAUUAAUAUGGAAAGAUUGUUUGAUGGAAGAUUGUAAUUUAAAUAACAAAUUGGUGUCAUCACCACUUCUACUGCUGUCUGAUAUCCACCUGAAAUGCACAAGCACGUCACUUACCAAUUUAACUGUACAGAUCAGGAAAACAAUUGUCAUUUUAUUUUCCAUAUUUCCUCAUCCCAUCGAAAUUAGUUUCUGGUUACACAAUAGUGUAACUUUUUCAGACGUGAAUGUGACUCACAUCAAGUGCAGCACAUAGGCGCUGAUUUUACCCUGCAUUUCAGACCGCUAUCAAGCCAGCCACAGCAGAGACCUUAUAUACAGCCACGUAUAUACGGCAGUUUACGGUAACUACCUUCAGAUGGCAAUGUUGAGCACUAGUGUACUACGGGCCAUUUUGGUGUUAUUUUUUCCAGGUUUACAUGGGCCAAAUGAAACGAGGCUGUGGGCGUUGUGUCUGACACAUGUGCCAUAAUGCUUCCUUCUGAUUAGCUUAACUUUUUGGACUAUUAAUAAGCAUGCAUUGAGACAGUUAGGUUCCCUCUUGUAAACUUCGUGCUCUGUAUGCUACUACCUCUGGUGCUCCAAAUUUUGCUAGUGUGUAAGAAGAAGGUAGGGUUCAUAAUGAAUAUUAAACGCAAAUAUCGCAACACAUGAUAUGUGGAGCAAAUUCAUAGAAAUUAUGUAGAAAAAAAAAACUAUUAGAAAAAAUGUAAAAGAAUUUUUCUUGCUCUUAUCCUUCAGUGGUUUAUAACGGUAAUUAUUUAAAAUAAAAUAAAAUAAAAAAAUACCACUAUGACAUAAAAUUAAUAUUUUUCUCUGUAUACAUUCUUUUCCUUUUUCUCUGUAUACAUUCCUGCUGUUAACAUCAUUUUACCCUUACCAGCCAAAACCUGAUGCUUACAAAAUGCUUAGAAACUGUGCCUUAUAUUUGAGAGCACAGCUUCAAAUAAUAAAACUUAAUUAGUAUUUGAUUUUUAGGUAAUACAAUAAAUGUGUGCUAGCAAAAACCAUGGAACAAAAAUUAUAAGUGAACUAUAAGAAAAUUUAUUUGACAAUGUUUCUGAAUAAUAUUGCAUCAGUAAUAAAAUGAUAACAAGCUAAAUAAAAAAAGCUGUGGUGCCAGACUAUACUACCAAUUUAGUCAUAAUCCAUCCCUUGUAACUAAAGUAAUAUUCAUGCCUAUGCAGUAAGGAUGUCAUAAAAGGGUAUCUCCAGAGUCUCUUAAAAAGACUGCCAGCCCAGAAACAAGCUGAGCAGGAAAUCUAAUCUUAAAAAAAAAAAAAAAUUAAAAAAAAAAUAAAAAAUCAGACUCUAUGUCUGAAUGCUUGGAUUGGCUCUAAUGAUGAAAAGUCAGAUAUUUUUCAGGCCUAACAGUUGGAUUUAGAUCAGCUAGGUAAACAACAAAAAAGCAAACUACAGCAACAUAACUGUACUACAACUUGACUAAAACUAGGAUUGCACAAUAGGCACAACAUAUCCCACUGUGAUUAUAUUGCUACUAGGACAAUUACUAUAAGUUGUUUCGUGUCGUAUUGUUUGAUACGAGGCUCUCGAUUCACUACAUAUAAUAACCUAUUUUAUUCUAUUCAUCAUAAAAACAACUUACACUAUGUGAGGUGUAGAAUAUUUAAUCAAGCCAACACAUCUUCCUCUGAAAAAAAAAAAAAAAAAAACAAGCUUCCCCUAAGCAGUUUUUACGAUCAUACUACCAUACUAGCUUGAGAAAAACAAUUGUUUUGCUCAGCAGCAAAACAGAAAUUAGAAAAUCCCCCAAAUAUUUAAUGUCUUGUGUAUGGGAGCAGUUCGGUUUCCCGAUUAGUCACAAGCAGCCUGCGAGUGAGUGGUGGAGCAAAAUGGUACAGUGUACAGAAUCUGAUAAAUAUGUGUAAAAUACACCAGCACUAAUACCACAGACACAUCCAUGCAUCUGCUACUUGCAUCACCCUUCUGUGCUGGUCGGCAGAACUAGACAAACGCAAGACGUAAUACACAUGCACAAAAAUCAGUGCAGCAGCUGUGGAAUAUUUAAUCAUGUAAUCAGUAUAAUCAUCAAGAUAAUCCCAUAUGUUCAGUAACAAACUGUGCAAAGUACAGGUGGGUAUCAAUGUCUAAAGGGUUCUCAGUGUCUGAAAAACAUGGAGUGAAAGGAUGUACCAAGGCUGUGGAGAUCAGGUCUUCCACCACCACUAAAACUGAGAAAUAAGGGUGGUGGCCAGGCAACAGAUACUAGCUGCUUGUGUAAAGAGAAAACUCUGCCUAGAGAGAUGUGCAUUUGAAAACAUAUAAAAGGCUGUGUUGAGAUCAGAUUCAUCAGUUACUCUGCAGACUAACUCGGCAUUGUUGCUUUUAAUAAUAAAGACUCUGAGAAGUUUUUAUUUUAGCUGAAAGAAUUCCACGACACAACUGGGAAGUUCAUAGCUGCAGAUAUGAGACUCUGCUCAGUAGUGGAGAUGCAGGAUUCAAAAACACGACUAGGGCUACAGAGAGCUGCGUGAGCUUUGACAGCACAGCUACCCAACAAGAGCAAUAAAAUAAUAAUAAAAUCCCCCGUGCUUCAAACACGCCCCCUGGGAGUCUCACCUUGGAGUUAAAGCUUGGCCAGAGAGCAAAUGUUUAAUUAGCUAUGUUUAAAUCUGUUACAUUUUAACACAUAUGUUUUUGGUUUGUUAUAAGAUGCCAACAGUCUGAAUGGAUCACACCAACACUGUGUCAUUACUAGGUUUCAAUUACUGCACUUUUAUAAUGUUUUAAUCAUUUGAAAAUAAAACCUAAACCACAAUGCUUAUUUUUGCUGUAUAGAAAACAUAUUGUAUUGACACACCACCAUAUUGUAUCGAAUUUGUUUUUUGUGUGCACCCUAAUCGCUACACACUGCAAUCACUAUAUGCUUUGUGAUUUAUUAUAACAAACCUGAAACAUACACUCACUGUCCACUUUAUUAGGAACACCUGUACUACUGCACAUUCAUGCAGUUAUCUAAUCAGCCAAUCAUGUGGCAGUAGCGUAACCCCAAAAAAUCAUGCAGAUACAGGUCAAGAGCUUCAGUUAAUGUUCACGUUAGCUCACAGAGUGUGAUCUCUGUGAGUUUAAUAGAGGCAUGGUUUUUGGUACCAGAUGAGCUGGUUUGAGUAUUUCAGAAACUCCUGAUCUCCUGGAAAUUUCACACACAACAGUCUCUAGAGUUUACACAAAAUUGAGCGAAAAACAAAAAACAUCCUGUGUGCGGAGGAUCUGCAGGCUGAAACACCUUACUGAUGAGAGCGAUCAGAGAAGAAUGACCAGACUGGUCUGCGUUGACAGGAAGUCAAUUGUGACUCAAAUAAGUACUCUUUACAGCCAUGGUGCAGAUAUACAGCUCCUUAAGUAUCUUUCACAGCUGUUCGUUUUUUUUUGUUUUUUUGUUUUUUUUUAAACUAAACUAACUAACCACAAUGACUGAGAAACACACUACAGAAAAUUAGCACUGUAAAGACAUUUUCCAGGACUUGGCACACUUCCCGGUAUAGUAAAUUUUUACAAGUCCUUAUAAUUGCUAACACACCUGUACCAGAGCUCAGUUUCAGUCCCCUUGUUUCCAUCCCUUGAAUGUUUAUUUCUAGGGGCCCUUCUCCUCUCGUCCCGAGGUACACAGAGGGGGAUUACAGUCAUGUGUUCUCUAUUAACCAUGUUUUGUUUAAAUGUCCUUUUUUUUUUUUUAAAAGAGACUAUUCCCUCAGAUUUUUCUUCACUUGACUCGCUUUUCGUUACAAAAGUGCAAAGGAUGACUACUUAUUAAUGUACCACUUUCUAAGUACACAAAAUAUGCCAUUAAAGCAAUAAUAUUUACGUUGUGUGAGACAGAAAUGAUGAAUAACGAGUCGGAGAGUUUAUAAAAUCCUUCGGUUGCUUCUCAUUCUCACACUACAGUGCAAAUCACUAAAACACUUCUCCAAAUUCAAUAAAUUCAGUCAUGAUGAAGAAACAGAGCACUAUAUGUUGUCUUAGACUAACCAUUAAAAAAACUAAAACACUAUACAGCACUACAGAAGUGACUAGACGUUUUAUUGCUUUCAACUCUCGGGGCGAUUAAAUAGAGAACA